AUGUCGUUUUCCAGAAACUCGGUUUCAAAUCCCAAUAGUGGGUCGUCUUCUGUUCGCUCCAGACGAGUAAGGAAGUGUGGAUGUGAAGCACGAAUGGUUUCAUACAUUUGCAAGAAUGGUCGAAACAAAGGUAGGCUCUUCUGGAGGUGUCCAUUUUGGCAGAGUGGAGAUACAUGCGAUUUAUUUAUAUGGGACGAAGAUAUGGUUGAAGACUACGGUGUUGGUGUCGAAUCUGUAGAUGUCAACAAGCUAAAGGAAUUGGAGACUGUUGAAUUGAUGAGAGAGAUGUAUCAAGCUUCCAAGAAGAAGAACAUGAAGCUGCAAGCAAAGUUGAAAUCAGAGGCAUUGGCUAGAAAAAUCAAGAUGAUGCUUUUGUUGGUUUCUCUUAUGAUUAAUGUGUUGGUAUUGUCCAAAUGUAAUUGA